AUGGAAUCUGAAAAUACAGAAAUUGAAAAUAUGGAAACUGAAAAUGUGGAAUCUGAAAAUAUGGAAAUCGAUACUGUUUCUUCAGUUUCUGCUCUACAAGCCCUCUCUAAGCUACUUUAUCCUGAAGAAGAGGCUGAUUUUGAAUUUGAACAGUCAAAUUGUUCAUCUACUACUGGAGCCAUGGGUCCUGGGAAUAUUGGACCACCAAAAACAGAAGAAGUCAAAAUCAUCCCUCAAACCAGUGUUGAAAUUAGCGAGGACAUUUGGAAUGCAGAAGAGGUUCCAGAAGGAGCAGAGCAUGAUGACAUGUGGGAUGUUAGGGAAAUACCUGAGUAUGAGAUUGUAUUCAAACAGCAGGUGGGAACUGAGGAUAUUUUCCUAGGAUUGACCAGAAAGGACGCUUCUACAGCAUGUUGUGAGGAUCUUGUGGUUAAAAUUAAACUACCAAAUACAAACCCUUCUGACAUUAAAAUGGAUAUUCAGGAAAUGAUUCUUGACCUCCGUACUCCUAAUAAAAAGCUGUUGCUAGCCCUUCCCCAUCCUGUUGAACGCAACAGUGCCAAAGCUGUCUAUAUCCUAGAGUCUGAGACUCUCGAAGUUACCAUGCGUAUGAAAAGAGAGUUGGAUUUCGUUAAUUUCUUCUGA